AUGGGAUGCAUUCGGAGCAAACCGAUUCAUCGUCAGGAUGAAAGCGAGGAUGAGUACGUCUUCGAUAGCCUUGAUGAAUCUCCAUCUACUGGAUGCAAGCUGAGCAUCGUCAAAAGUGAAUCCACUGAAAACUCCUCUGACGUCAGGAGCCUACCAGAGAGAUUGGAUAUUGGGAAUGAUUAUCAUGUUGCGAUCACCCAACGAAUCGUUUCCACCUCAAACGAUAACAAUGAGGAAUCUUCUGAUGAUGUCAUGACAGAGAGAGUACAACUCAUCAGGGAUAUUGCCGACCUUCAGAUGGCUGAUUUAAGAAUGGCAAGGGAAAGGUUUCACAGAACCAUUAUCCAAAGAGAUGCCAGGAAAGUAGUUGCCUUACUGAAGAGUCAAUCAUCCACUGAUGACACACAGAUUGAUGGAGAGAACGAAUCUUCUGCACAGAAAGUUGCACUCUGGCAAUUAGAGGAGGAGGAGCAGAAGACUGAGGAGGAGGGGGACAAGGGGAAAAUGGAAGAGGAGGAUGAGCAAGAGGAGGAGGAGGAAGGGAAGAGCCUUUCCGAAGACACAGCUGUACCCGAAUUUAGAUAUUUUCAGGAUAUCAUCGCCUCUCAGAUGGAAGAACUGAGAGAUGCGCGGGAGAGACUUCAUCGAUGCGUUAUCAUGAGAAACGCUAUGAGAGUGGUGGAGGAACUGAGGAGACAGUCUACGAGUGAUACGGAAGAGGAGAAGGAGAAAGAAGAUGAAGAGGAGGAGGAUCAGGACGAAGGAAAGGAAGAGGAAUCCGACAAGGAUAAUGAGGAUGACGAGAACGAGGAGGAUGACCAUAAAGACGACGACGGAAAGGAAGAGGAGUCUAGCAAAGAUAAUGAGGAUGAGGAGGAUGACGAGGACGGGGAAGGCGAGAAGGAAGAUGACCAUGACGAAGACGAAGGAAAGGAAGAGGAGUCUGACAGGGAUGAUGGGGAUGACAAUGGAGAUAACAAAGGAAAGGAAGAGGAGUCCGACAAAGAUAAUGAGGAGGAUAACGAUGAUGACCGAGGAAAGGAAGAGGAGUCUGACAAGGAGAAUGAAGAUGAAGCGGAUGACGAGGAAGAAGAGGAGUCUGACAAGGAGAAUGAGGAUGACGAGGAAGUCGAGGAGGAGGAGGAUGAAAAUGAAGAAGACGGAGGAAAUGACGAGGAGUCUGACAAAGAGAAUGAGGAUGACGAGGACGAAGAAGACGAGGGGGAGGAUGACAAUGAAGAUGACGAAGAGGACGACAAGGAUGCGGAAAAUGACGAGAUUGAUGAGGAAGCGAAUCACGACGUUGAGAAGGAGGAGGGAGAGGAGGAUCGAAAGAGCAAUGAGGAGGAGGAGGAGCAGUUUCAUGAUGAAGAAACAGACGAAGACGCAGAAACCGAUUUCAGCUACUUUCAGAACAUGGUCCAGGCUGAGAAAGAAGAACUGAGAGCUGCCUUGGAGAGAAUACACAGGUGCGUUAUUAGAAGAGACGCAUGGAGAGUAGUGGAGGAACUGAGGGAACUCUCCCUCAGUGAUAAGGAGGAGGAGGAGGAGAAAGACACGGACAAAGGAAAUGGGCAGUAUGAAGAGGAGGAAGAAGAGAAUGAUGAAGAAGAGGAGAUGGACGCCGUCGAAUAG